UCUCCCACUCAGGCCUCCCUUCUUGGACCAAACAACUUUUCAGCUGUGUGUGUAGGAGUGGGUGAGUCAGGGACAGAGGCAAAGGGAAGAGACUUUCGCUCCACUGCCUCGUUCUUUUCUCUUUUUUGGAGAAGUCAGCGUUUUGGAAACUCAGAAGCACGGCCGAGAAGUUGAGUGAGGAAGUUUGCAUGAUUAUUUGAGGUUUUCUUUUCUCCGUCUUGUCCUGGAAGCCAGAGCAGAAAGAGCGAGGACAUGCCAAAAAGCGGGAAGGGAAAAUCAGGUGCAGAUUUUGAAAGACUUGAGACAACAAGGGCGGAAAAGAAAGAAAGAAAAAGAAUGAUCAACACUGGGAGUGACAAGUGAAGCCAAACUGAAGUUGGGAAUUGGAGGCACAGAGCCUUGUUUUGGCUCACUGAACUCCCCCAGCCUUUUUUGUGAUACGGACCAGUGUUUCCAAGUUGGGAAAUUAUUCUGAAUUUCCACCAGGAUUUUUGGCGAGUGUGAUCUCUGUUUCUCUCUUCUCCUUUGGAUCCAUCCUUCAAUCAUUCUCCUGGGUGCUGACUUCACCGUAGAUUUCGUCACUUGUUUUCUGGUGCAACUUCCACGGCAACUUCUCUCGGUCAGGGUCAGCAAACCUGGGAGUUGGAUUCUUGAGAGAAACUGUCCCAGUCUCUCCCUGGUCCCCCCAUCCUGCUGCCAAUGAGACAUUAGAUCAUCUCGGGAACUGGGGUUUGGUGGGAUUCUUCAGUUUGGGGAAAUGGGUCAACUUGGCCGGGUUUUCCUCUCCUGCCUGCUGGCUUGUUGGCUGGGCAUGGUCAGUGCCCAAGAAGCUCCGUACUUCCUCGACGGUCCUUCAAACCUGACAUCCUCCUUGGGCAAGGAUAUCAAACUAUCCUGUUCCAUCCAAGCUCUUGGCGAAGCACCCGAAAUCAGCUGGCUACGGGAUGGCACCACCCUGGAGCUUGCUGACAGUAACCAAGUGCAGGUCCCCUUGAGUGAUGAAGAGUGGAAGACAAUCAGUGAGCUGAGCAUCCCUUCCGUUCAGCUCUCGGACAUGGGGAGCUACCAGUGCACCGCCUUGGUGAACGGCUUUGAAGUCCUUUCUGAAGGAGCCUUCUUGAAACUGGAAGGUCUCCCCGUCUUCACUGGGCAACCCCAGGAUCUAGAGGUCACAGCCGACACCCCUUUCAACCUCAGCUGCAGAGCGCAGGGUCCACCAGAGCCGGUGUAUGUGAUCUGGCUGCAAGAUGGUGCCCCUCUCAACUCUAUCCACGAUGCCCUGGCACUGAGCCCUUCGGUGCUGGCUGUGAGAGGUCUGAAUCACAGUGCAUCGUUCUCAUGCGAGGCCCAGAAUGAUAAAGGGGUGAGCACAUCUCGAACUGCAGCUGUGAAGGUGAUUCCUGGGCGACCCCGUACCUUAACCCUUGUGCUGCAGAGCGACCGCAGCUUGGAAGUGGCGUGGCAGCCUGGGCCCAGCGGAGCCUAUCCUUUGGACUUCUGCACCAUCCAGGCCGUGCGUUCAGAUGAGGACCUCAGCAGUGUUUCCGACCGGGAGUUCUAUAACCGAAAUCUCCACGUUCCGCCCUUCAGCCACACCCUGGGAGGCCUGGCCCCCUUCACCACCUACUAUGUCCGCGUCGCCUGCCUCUCCAGAGAGGGGAACUCCCCAUGGACCCACUGGGUGGCAAUGAGAACUCUGGAAGGAGUGCCCACAGCGGCCCCCGUGAACAUCACGGCCGUUCAAAAUGGCAGCUGCACCGUCAUACAGUGGAGGGAGCCACGGGGUGACAUCAACGGGGUCCUCCGCGGGUACAAGCUGGUCUGCCAGAGCGGCGACUCGCCAGAGGUGGUCGUGGACGUGGGGCUGACCAACGAAACCGUCUUGAAGCUGAACUCUUCCGUGCAGAAUCUGACCGUGCGGGUUGCUGCCUACACAGGGGCUGGCGACGGACCCUGGAGCAGGGCCGUCAUGGUUUCCUCCUUGGCUACUGAUGGCGUUCUACCACACACUCAGCCAGUAGAAACCUUCGCCCCUGCCUUUUUCUGGCACUGGUGGUAUGUGGUCAUCGCCAUAGCAGCAGCUCUUGCUGCUGCCGUCUUCCUCACCAUCGUCUUGGCACGGAUCAGGAAGAAGGAAACCCGCUAUGGGCAAGCUUUUGAACCCAGCAUGGAGCAGGGAGAACUGGUGGUCCACUACCGGGUCCGGAAAUCCUACAGCCGCCGUACCACUGAAGCAACUUUGAACAGUCUGGGUAUUAGCGAGGAGCUGAAGGAGAAACUGCGCGAUGUGAUGAUUGAUCGCCACAAGGUGGCUUUGGGGAAAACCCUUGGGGAAGGAGAAUUUGGCUCCGUCAUGGAGGGGCAGCUCAGCCAAGAUGGGGCAGUCCUUAAGGUUGCCGUUAAGACCAUGAAAAUCGCCAUCUGCACCCGCAGCGAGAUGGAGGAUUUCCUCAGCGAGGCAGUCUGCAUGAAGGACUUUGACCACCCCAAUGUCAUGAAGCUGAUUGGUGUCUGCCUGCAGAACACAGAGAGCGAAGGCUACCCGUCCCCUGUGGUCAUCCUGCCCUUCAUGAAGCACGGUGACUUGCACAGCUUCUUGCUGUACUCCCGCCUUGGGGAGAGCCCCAUGUAUUUGCCCACACAGACACUGGUCAAGUUCAUGACAGACAUUGCAAGUGGGAUGGAGUACCUCAGUAGCAAGAACUUUAUACACCGUGAUCUUGCCGCUCGAAAUUGCAUGCUCGAUGAGAGCAUGACAGCCUGUGUGGCCGAUUUCGGCCUCUCCAAGAAAAUCUACAAUGGCGACUACUACCGCCAAGGCCGUAUCUCCAAGAUGCCCGUCAAGUGGAUUGCCAUUGAGAGCCUGGCGGAUCGUGUUUACACCAUCAAGAGUGAUGUGUGGUCAUUUGGCGUCACCAUGUGGGAGAUAGCGACAAGGGGCCAGACGCCGUACCCGGGUGUGGAAAACAGUGAGAUUUAUGACUACCUGCGCCAAGGCAACCGCCUCAAGCAGCCAAUCGACUGCCUAGAUGGCCUGUACGAACUGAUGCUCAGCUGCUGGGUCCUCAGCCCCCGGGACCGUCCCAGCUUCGAGGUCCUGCACGGCGAGCUGGAGAAGAUCCUCAAGUCCCUCCCACAAGCCAAGGACCCCGAGGAGAUCCUCUAUGUCAACAUGGACGACGGGGUGGCUCCCGGGGAGGUGGAGCUUGGCGCCGUCGGGGGCCUGGGCCCCGAAGAGCCCCCUGCCAAGGAGGGCGCCUCCCUGAAGCCCGCGGUGACGGCGGCGGCCGAGGUACACCCGCCCCAGCCGCCGGCCGGGCGCUACGUGAUGUGCCCCACUCCCCACGAGAGCCUCCGCCUCCUGACCGAAGCCCCGAAUUGCGCCGCCUCCGAAGAAGGGGCCUGAGCGGGGACGGCGGUGAAGGCAUCUUCCUUGUGAGAUGGGGGGGGAGUGGCCCGCGACCCGACAGGUGCUGCCCGCGGCUCUGAGGGGAGGGGGGUCACUGGGCACCCCACAAACUGAGACGCACACCCACCCCUUUCUUUAAUGAACCACUCAGGACCCCCACCCCCUCCCCCUCUUCCUGAGCUGCCUCACUCGGUCGCAUACCAGGGGACUUCCUUUCCUGGCUGCGCCCAUCUUGUACGGAGGGGCUUUGAACUACUCGGUCCCUGAGUGCGUCUCGUGGCCCCCUUCCCAACCCGCCACCCCGUCACAUCCGUGGGCACCCCUGUCCCCCACGGCUCUGUGGAACCCCAGGAUACAGAGCCCAGAGAUGAAGGAGACGCUUUUGCAGAUGACAAGGGUUAGGGUGUCAAGUGGGGGUCCUGACCAGAUAAGUGGGGGUCACCCAGCUUCCCUUCCUGUAUUAAAGGGGGUAUUGUGGUUGGCCGUCUCCUCCCACCCCAAACUCCCUGGUCCAAAUUUAGCUGGCUGCCCACCCAGCUAAUUACACGCGUGGCCAUGUUUUGUUUAUUCACUGGUCCUGCUCUUGUGCCUUUAAUGUUGGCCUGACACAAAGGAACAGAGCAGAGGCAUUUCCUAGCAGUAACAGGAAACGCUUCACUUGCUAAAUGUCUGUCUCUUGGGUUGCUGCUGAAGGCGCAGGAGCAUGGCCAGGGAGAGAAGGUGGUAGCCCUACUGGGCACUCUUGGGAUAGCCCAAGGAGGGCCCUAGAUGCUUUCCUUCUUUCUAAGGUCCCCUCUGCCCUCUCCUUACUUCACUGCCAGCUAUCCACUGCCAGCUCUCCGGUUACCUUCCUUAGCUGGCACGUGCCCAGGUCAGCAAGGGUUACCGGGAGCUCACCUGUCUGCCCUCUCCUGAGCCAUCUCCCUCUUUAUUCCCCAGUGGGGGAGCAGCUGGCUGCGGUUAUUUAGUAGCAAAGAAAAUGCACUCUGCACGUGCUCAGAGGCACCCUUCAGUAUUACCGUUGCUUCUCAGGAGCCAGCCCUGGCAUGCAAAACCGAUUCUGAAGCCAAACACCAGCUCCGACCCAAGCCCUGAAGACCAACCCGCUUGUCUGUUCUGUGGAGAAUGUUCUCCCCACUAGCCUUUGGGUCUUGGGGAAUAUUAGAUUAGCCGCUUUGCAGACGGCGGGGCCAGUUUAACCACUGCUGAGUUGUGUGUCCCCAACCUGCUGGAAAGCCAUCCGCUCAGGGCAGGGAUGCUGCAGGGCCCAGAAACCAUAUCCAGGCAGAUGCCCCAGAAGAGUCACGAGGGGGUUACAAUUACAUAAAACCUCUCUCCUCUCAAGGGAACUUUUGUAGCACAUUGCAGGGGCAGGAGGAGAGGGGAAGAAGCAGGCUGUCAAGCCUUCUGGCCCAGUUCGGCCAGAGCUUGCCUGGUAACCUGAACUGCCUGUUCAGCUUUUGGUGCUGGAAACCUUAAGGUUGCCACCUUUUUUUUCUGGCGAAGGCUCUAUGCCUACUAUCACAGCUGUAGGACAAGCAGAAAUGAAACAAGCACAUGCCCUUUCCUCCUCAGCACUUCUCCGUGUUGGGAAAAGCCCUGCCUGUUGAAUGGCUGCCCAUCACAUAGAUGUGACAGGUCCUACCGAAUCACAACCAAACAUUCUCCAAGCUGGGCUGGACAUGUGAAUAAGAAUUUCCCAGAUCACCCUGUUCUCAGAAGCAAGGUCAGCAGAGACUGACCGUCAGGGACCUCUGGAUGUGAAACAGUAUUAGGUGGGCAUUAGGUCCAACCACGUCUUCUCCUGUGCAACCUCCAUCGUUUCAGUGGGCCUGAAGUGAAAAUCUUGUAUGCACGCACACUGAAACAAUCAGAGACUGCGCAAAACAGCAUCGCCUACUGGUGUGUGCCUUUUUGUCAGUAACAACACCACUUUUUUACUGCUAGUAAAAUACCACCAUUGCCCAAAGCUGCUUUUUUUCAGGAUAUCACAGCUCCAGAAAAGAAAGAAAUAUUUCAGAGGCACGCCCGGCUUCCCAUCAGUUCUGACUCACUCCAUAAAUCAGACACACCCACUGCAGAGCCCCUUCCAGAUUGGGAUAAUUUUCAUCUGGACAUCAAGUUUCCUCCACGCAUGCUUUCCAACAGUCAUUUAGAAUGCAUUCAUAAAUUCUGUCUUGGAUGGAAGGGCCAUUCUCUCUUGCUAAAGCUGGUCUGAAACUGCUCACUUCAGUAACCACCCCAAUCAUGGCUGAUCCCUCUUCCCAAAAGCAAGAGCUUAGCUGAAAGACUGGCCAACUGAUCACAGUAUGGCGAUUUUGUCUCACACAUUCACAGCCACUUAGGCGGGAGCAGAAACAAAACACAGUUUUCUCAGAGAGCGGGAAGGCAGUUUGAAAAGAGAACCACUGUUUGUGGGGUGGACACAUCCCACUCGUGCCUCUGGUUAAACUGAUUUGGCAGGUUUCCUGUAUUGUUCCGAAAACCUGCUCUACCUCUUUGAUCAGAUGCAACAGUGGGACACAAGAAAUGUUUGUGCACACCACUGGAAGGGAAGGCAUCUCUUAAAACACUCUCGACUCAUUUAAAAGCCUAUUUCUGUCUCCAGCCUUAAAAUGAAGUCCUUUCUGCAGUGCACGGUUACUACUUUUUUAAAAAAAAUUGAUUUUUUGCACAAUAAAUGCACACUUGUUACUGAUUCGUUUUGCACGGUCCACAAGCCACCCUCUGGAGUUUACAGCAGCUUUUUGCAGGAAGGCUAGUGUACCUGUCAACCACUGCAAGCUUAGCUAGCCUACGGAAGAACCACUGCAAGGUUAGAUUAUGUCCAAAUACACAUUCAUUAAGGCGUAGAGGCUGGAAGGGGGUGGGGGCACAAGCUGGCCGUGCACCUCUCUGAUUUGCUUGUGCCGUCACAAAAGCACCUCCUUCAUUUCCUGGGAACAAUCUUUCAGUUAUUUAAACAAUUGGAUCUCUCUCUUUUUUUGCGGGGGCAGGGGGACAAAAUACUGCCAAGCCUUUUAUUUUAAAAAAGGUGGACAGGCUUGCCAGAAGCCUUGACAGACUGAAUCAGUAUUCAAUUAGCUGAUACAUACAUCUGUCAAAAGCACUGGGGUGGGGGAGCAGGGGGAUGUCUUUUAAGGUAUGUCUGUGCAUGCCUGUGGGUGUUCCAAUUUUUGCCUCCUCUCCCACUUGCCUCUUCUGUGCUGUGGCUACUGCCUGCCCAAGCAGCUGCAUUUCCCCAGCCGGGCACAAUCCUGGUCUCUGAGACCCAAGUGGGAGAAAAGAGGCUGGGAGAGGUCACAGCACCCUUCUCCCGCCUGCCUUUUCUCGGCUUCACAAUUGCACAGCAGACCUAACGUGGAUUUUGCUGCCAACACAUCUAGUUGAGGCUGUAAUCAGGCCACACGUCCAACUUGUACAGAGAGACAUUUUGACCCCCCCUGCCCACCCUCCUUUUAAAGCAAUGCAUCAUCUUUUGAAUCAUACUUUAGACUUCCGCUGUAAAAUCAUGUUUUUCAUUCAGCUUGCAAAACAAUCUCAGUCUCCCUUUGGAUUGGAGAAUCUGGGCACUUUUCACAAGGAUGCCGUAGGUUCGGGGAUGCGGUCCCCGCUUUCUGCUGACCUCCAAGUGGUCAAUCAAAUUAUUUUUCUUUCUGUCUGUCGUCUUGAUGUGUCUGCAGAAUGGUAGACUAUUCUUCCCUCCAGAAAGUCUUAUUAAUGAAAUGUUUUUAUAUAUAUAAAUGUAUAUACUUUUUUUAAAAAAACAAAUCGCUGGUUAUGAAAUUUCUUUCCACACCCUUACUUUUGUACAAAACACAUUUCCCUCUCAGGGUAAGGUCUGUUUUGAGAGCGAGAGAGAAAGAGAGCGAGCGAGAGAGCUCUGUGAUAUAUUUUGCUUAUAAAUAAAAGCUUUCCUUUAAAAACAA